AUGCUAUUCUGUUUCUAUCUUCUCGCGCUCGCACUCGUCGUGUCGAUUAGCAGUGGCUCUCUCUCGGUUCCACCCACCAAUAAUUCGACCAAGCUACCGGCGCAGAACAUGGACACCUCCAUGCGGUCGGAGACAGACGGAAAACGCAUGCCAAUAGUGACCGACGUUUCCAAUGAGUCCGCUUUUGAAGAAAGGUGGUGGCCGGAAGCUGAUGCGAUAGUAGGAACUGUUAAAGCAUAUCUGAAGCAACUGAUUCAGCCUGUGCAAGUCAAAGGGCCCCUGCGCCCAGUGUUACGAGAAGUAUCGAUGGUCCCGACGGCGAGGAUCAUCCCGACUGAGAGGGAUAUGGGCUUGCAAGACCCUGUGCAUCUGGAUCCUGAUGACAAAUUUCAACAGGCUUCGAAAAUGGUAACGGCUAGAAAGACGCAUUUGGACUUGGCGCAUGCCAACGUCGAUACGUCAACGUAUGCACAGGUUCUGAGAGCCCACGCGAACGUUAAGGAGAGUCCCGAGCGCGAUGACGCUAUAACAAAGGCAGAAGCGGAUGUGGCAGAGUACGCAAAAUUUAAAAUUUUGUACGAAUUGCAAAAAUGGCAAGCUGAGGUGGCAUCGCACGAGAAACCUGUGGACGAAAACCAAGCGCCUCACCUGCCUUCGUUGUAG